AUCUCAAGUCCACCUACCCUCUUCCUAUCCACACAUGUAUCCAUCCUAGGGAGUCUAUCUAUUCGUCCACCACUCAAAGCUGAGCUUCCCUGAAAUACUACAAGCACCAACACAACCCGUGCACCCUCCUCUCCUCUAUGAUCAGGGAGCAACAAUUAUACAACGGCCCCCCCGCUCACUGCUCAGCUCAGGCCUACAUACUGUACAGAUUUGCCGAAGCCGAGAAUUGUCGGCAAGAAGGAAGGAAUCGGAGGUGGCAUGUCCACUGUUCGCAUCGUGAUCGGCGAAGAAAGAUGUAUCGGUGGGCUGCCCAUGGACUGGUCAUGGAUUGCAGCUGCAGACGCAAACGCACAGACAUACGCACAGCAUCCUGGAUACUCUAUGUAUCUACGCCCUAUGUAAUACGAGUCAGUACACGAAUUCACAGCGCGACCACUCAUUCUCCUGUGUUGGACCUCACCUCACGUCGACAUGCCUCUUCAACCUUGCGAAUAGGCAUGGCAUUUGAACCCAACUUCAAGCUUAGGCGUAUCUACUCGGACGCAAGCAAACCCUCUCCGUUAAGCUUAACAUCGCAAGCCGCGAGUUGCAACGCCCUGAACGGACUCUGUUCGAGCCUAGAGGAUCUAGGUGGAGCUGAUGCUCACAUCUUCUGAAGGAGCGGAGCUGGGUUGCGAGACCAUCCAUAGACCAUUACACGUGAAUCUCCAAUCCGUCGACAAGACGCGGCAUCUGAGGAUGAUGGAUUGCGACGAUGCUGCGUAUGCGUACCCACCUCCUCGACCUUACGGUCAACUUUCAAGUCAAGCAUUGC